GAAUAUCUGCAUUCUAUGAGCAACUGGGGCCCUGGAAUUCUGGGUCUUCCAGGCUGGAGGGAGCUGCAGGCUCUGAUUUCUGGUUCCUGGGGAGGGAAGGGCUGAGACUUUGGACGUUGAACCCACAAAGCUGGAGGAAGGAGAUUAGGGGCCCCUGAAGCUAAGGUGCAGCCUGCUACGUUCUGAGGAGACAGGAUGUGGCGGUUUGGGUAAAGAGCCCUCCGGAAGUGGUGGACAGACACAAGGUCCCAGGCAGCACUCCAGCAUGGACUUUGCCUCUGCCUCGGCCUGCCUGAGCCCCAUCCUGAAAUGCCAGCCAUUCUUCCCCAGGCUCACCCAGCCCCAGUUCCAGGACUGAGAGCCCCAGGGAGCUUGGAGAGAGCCCAGCAUGUGGGGCCACUUGUCCCUGAUGCCUGCCUUCCUUGCUGUGUGGGCUAUCUCCGGUGUCUGGAUCGUUUUUGCCAUUGCAGUGGCCAACAGGACUGUGGACCUCAGCAAAGGCUUUCCCUACAUCAGCUUCUGCGGAUCCUUCCCCCCUCAGAGCUGCAUCUUCAGCCAGGUGCUCAAUGUGGGAGCUGCUCUGGCCGCGUGGAUCUGCAUUGUCCGUUACCACCAGCUCCGAGACUGGGGCGUCGGAAAGUGGCCUAACCAGUUAAUCCUAUGGACGGGUCUUCUCUGUGCCCUGGGCACCUCCGUGGUAGGCAAUUUCCAGGAAAGCAAUCAGAGGCCUACGCACUUGGCAGGGGCCUUCCUUGCCUUCGUCUUGGGUAACGUCUACUUCUGGCUGCAGCUCCUCCUGUGGAGGCUGAAGAACCUGCCCCAGCCCGGGGCUGCCUGGAUUGGGCCACUCCGCCUGGGCCUCUGCAGCUUCUGCACCAUCCUUAUUGUAGCCAUGUUCGUCCUCCACACCUACUCGCUGCGUGGCGUCUCUGCGGCCUGUGAGUGGGUUGUGGCCAUGCUGCUGUUCAUGCUCUUCGGUCUCUUGGCCGUGGACUUCUCCACCCUGCAGAGCUGCACCCUGUGUGUUCAGCCGUGGCCCAGCCUCAGUCCCCCGCCAGCCUCCCCCAUCUCCCUGCCAGUCCGACUGUCGCAGGCAUCCUGACCCGGGCCUCGCCCUCACCAGUGAAGCAGCAAAUAUGGGGCCAAUCCCAGCACCCUGCACCCCAAAAGAUGAGCCAUGGGGAUCUCUCCAACCAGCUGGGGCUGCCGCUGAUGGACCCGGUGCUGGAGGACGUGCAUGCCAGCGCGGAGGGCCUCUGAACAGCUGGUCGCAGCCAGCAUCCCUGUCCCCGCCUUCGGGCCCUGCCCCUGCAGUCGGGCACCCAGGAAGCGAGAGGCCAAGGCCAGCCAGCUGUCCCUGAUCAAGGCUAUUUUUUAUUAUUAUCUUUUUUUUUUUUUUUUU